GCCCAAUUUUUUUCCGACCGGUCGACUUAGCGGACGCGCGUGAAUUUUCUGUGAAUACAACCACAAAACAAAACACACAAGUGCGUCUCUGCGCGCGUCGCUUACCUGCAGCGCAGUCUCAACAGCCGUCGAAAUAAAAAGCAAAAAGUACGAAAAAGCCGAGUGAUUUAGGUGUGAAAAAGCGUAGCUUACAAAGGAAACCAGUUGUGGGAAACAGAACAAAUUUUGUGAUUUGUGACUAGUGUCAUAGCUACGAAAGUUUUCGUUUCUAUCAAUCAAUCAGAUUUGAGCCUUGAGCCUCAACACGAAAAAAUUGUUUCAUUUCUUGUUUUAUCCCCUGUAAUCGUCGUCGUCGUCGCCGCUACCAUCAGACCCCCCUACAAUGCAAUAUUGAGGGGAAGUUGAGUGGAAGAAACGUGAAAGAGAGCAGUGCAAAAUUUUGAGAGUUUUCCAGCGGUCCUGUGGCCCCAUAGUUCGGUGUAAAUAAAAGUGCUUAUACAUACACAGCCCCGCAAAUCGGUUGCUGGAUCUCGUCCGAAGAAAGAGUAGAGAGGUGGUACAAGAAGAAGCAGAGCGAGCGAGGAUCGAAGAUGAAUAAAACCUGUGCGCGUUGCCAGAAGGUGGUGUACCCCAUCGAGGAGCUCAAGUGCCUGGAUAAGACAUGGCACAAAACGUGUUUCAGAUGCACAGAAUGCGGCAUGACGCUCAAUAUGAAAACCUACAAGGGCUACAACAAGAUGCCCUACUGCGAGGCGCAUAUACCCAAGGCCAAGGCAACGGCAAUCGCUGAUACGCCCGAACUGAAGCGCAUUGCGGAGAACACGAAGAUCCAAUCGAAUGUGAAAUACCAUGCGGACUUUGAGAAGGCCAAAGGCAAAUUUACACAGGUGGCCGAUGACCCGGAAACGCUGAGAAUCAAACAGAACACGAAGCACAUAUCGAAUGUGGCAUAUCAUGGGGAUCUGGAGAAGAAGGCAGCAAUGGAGAAGCAACGCGGCUCCGCUGAGGUCUCCGAUAGCAGCAAUGAAUCGGAAUAUUUCUCUGAGCAAUUGGCAGCUGAACAAUUCUCGCAAUAUGCACCCACAGCCACAUCACCCAUACCGUCAGCAGUAUCAGCACAAGUGCAACACCACCAGCAACAGUUUCAGCAGCAGCAGCAGCAGCAACAACAUCAAUACCAGCAGCUGCAACACCAGCAACAGCUGCUACACCAACAGCAGCAACAACAACAGCAACACUUUUUGCAGCAGCAACAGACACUGCCACCGCCACCCGUACAACAUCAGCAAUAUAAUACAGCGGCCAUAACGCCCACAUACCAACAGUUACAACAACAGCAACACCAACAACAAUUGCAACAACAGCAACAACACUUGCAACAACACCAACAACUACAACAAGGCAACAAUCAGAGGCAGCAACAGGCACAGGCGCAACAACAACACGAUCCCUAUGCACACUACCAGCAGCCACAGGCACUGCGCCAACAGCAACACCAGCAACAGUUGCAACUGCAACAGCAAGCCAUUAAACAAUCGUCACAUCUGUAUCCCACAGCACAAUCGCAGCAGCAGCAACAGCAGCAGCAGCCACAGAUACCCCAACAGCAACAACAGCCACAACAGCAGCAGCAGCAGCCGCAGCAGGUGAAUCCCUACAAUGAGAUGCGCUCGGCCAUACUCCAGAAUUCGCAUCAUCCCAGUGGCAAUGCUGUCGAUCAGGUGGCACAAGUGCAUCCUCAGGUGCAACAGCAGCAGCAGCAGCACAAUCCCACUCCAGUGGCAGCAGUGGCUUCUGUGUCACAUCAUAGCCUCCUGAAUAAUAAUCCCAGCAAUGGCAGUGUCAACAGCUAUCACAGCGUCAACAGCAACAACAACGGGUCCCAACAGAUGCUGCCUCCGCAGAUGCGUCGAUCGGUGGCCAGCGCCAGUGUCUACGAUGGCAGCACCAAUAGCAACAACAGCGACGGUAGCCAGCAGCAGCUGCAGCAGAUACGGAGCAAGCACAGCGGCACAGCAAUAGGAUCAGCUGGAGGAUCCGGAUCAGCCAUACAACAGCUGUAUGCCUCGCCCAAUUAUCAAUCGGUGACGCCCUCGGAGAAUGCCCUCAAUGUGGCUAAUGGACAUGUAUCCAGCCAUCAGCAAAAGAUGAUGCCUGGAGGCAGCAGCAACAUUGGCAAGAUUGCCGACUACGAUCCCUUGACCGAUGGCCCACGUGUGGUGCAGGGCUCUGGAAGAUCCUCUACCACGCUGGUCUAUAGCUCCGAUCCGCAGCAGCAGCAGCAGCGAGGCGGCAACAGUGUGUAUCCCAAGCGGAUUGGCUCUGUGACGGACAUCGAUCCUGCAAAUGGGAUCUAUGGCUCGCUGAGUGGCGCCGAGCAGGCCCAUGCCCAGAAGCAUCAGCAGUACUACGCUCAGGUGCAGAAGAUGCAGCAACAGGAGCAGCAGUUGCAGCUGCAACAGCAACAAAUACAGCAGCAGCAGAUGCGGCAGCAGCCCUCGUACGAUUCCUCGCUGCAGGCGAAUCAAUCGCGUCAGAGCACAGCAACAAAUUCUCGCCUCUAUAAGGCCAUCUAUGACUAUGAGGCGCAGGACGUCGAUGAGGUGAGCUUCCGCGAGGGCGACAUCAUCUAUGAGGUGGAGUCCAUCGAUUCUGGUUGGAUGACGGGUCGCGUGGAGCGGACGGGAAAGACCGGCAUGCUGCCCGCCAACUAUGUGGAGCAUGCGGUUAUAUAA